CUUAAAGGCGUCUGUCCCACCCCUGGCGACUGUCUGUAAUUGAUUUCCACAUAUUUUCGAAACAGACAAUAAAACUGCAGCAUCCUGAUCAGCUAGACUAUUACUACUUGAACAUAGUGUUUGAAUUCAGUAAUCGUGUUCUGUGUUAAAUUCUCUUUGGUGAUAAUAAUGUACUUUGUUGAUUAAUUGGAAUUUGUUGUAAAGUUUUACCAAUUACCAAACAUUUAUAUCUAUAACCUGUAAGAGGGUUCACGAUUUGAAAUACGUUUCUUUGUGAGUAGAAAACUCAUAAUGUCAGAGGAUAAGUCAAACCUAGCUCCGGAAAACAAAAAGCAUAGAAGACCAAAGAUGAAAAUAUUAGUAUUUCAUGGCUACCGGCAGAACGCUAAGUCAUAUAAGGCUAAAAUAGGAGCAAUUCGCAGAACCCUAGUUAGAUCUUCCCAGUUAAUAUUCUUAUCAGCGCCCCACCAAGUGGCACGUGAGGAUGAUGAUUCUUCUGAUGAAGAUGAGAGGUCAUCGUGUGUUGAUUCAGAAGAUAACACCUUCAGUGGAAAAUGCUUGGGUGGACCUGCAAAAGGAUUUGAGGAGACUUUAGAGCAUCAAGAUGAGAGGUCAUGGUGGUUUAAUUCAGAAGAUAACACCUUCAGUGGAAAAUGCUUGGGUGGACCUGCAAUAGGAUUUGAGGAGACUUUACGUUUGAUUGAGGAUACUGUGAAGGAACAUGGGCCAUUUGAUGGCUUAAUGGGAUUUUCACAGGGAGCUUGCCUUGUAGGUUUAUUAGCUGCAAUGCAACAGAAAGGAUAUUUAUCAUUUUCAUUUAAAUUUGUAAUAUGUAUAUCUGGCUUUCGAUCUGGAAGUUUAGUACACAAAGGUUUUUAUGAUGAAGGUAUAAAUUUACCCUCUUUACAUGUGUUUGGUAAUGCUGACUCAAUAGUGCCAAAAGAAAUGUGUGAAGCUUUGAUAAACCUGUUUCCCAAUCCAGCUAUAGUAGAGCAUGCUGGUGGCCACUUUGUGCCUUGUUCAGGAUCAAUAAGGAUUGCAUAUUUAGACUAUCUUGACGACAGACAUAAGGCUAUUUAUGGAACACCAUCAUCGAAAUAAUGAAAAAUAUAUUUUAUAAGUUAUAUAAGAUUAAUACUAGAUAUUAUUGAAUACAAUAAGUUUUUCAGCUUUGAGGUGAAACAUAAAACUUACCUUUUUUUUUUGCCACUGGAUCAAUAACUGGAGUAAAAUGAGAGUAACAUAAAUUAGUUCGAAAUAC